CCAUACAAACUCCGCCCAAUUUGUCACACGAAAUGGAAUCAUAGACCGUAUGAAUGUAUUGAUAAUUCGCUCGCCGGUGUAAAGCCAGUGUUUGCUUUUGUUUAUAUUUAUCUUAACGUGAGGCACUUUUAUUGUUCGCUCUGUUUGGGAGACAACUGCUCGACAAUUCUUGUCUUACCUUUGGAAUUCCGGGCGAUUUUGAGGAGGCGCGCUCUGCCAGAAAUUACGCACGGGACAACAUGAUUUUGAAACAUUUGGAAUGUCUCUUGGUUCUACAAUACUUUAUUAACUUGGUCGCACCAGAGGUUGCAACUGAGAAAGCUCUCCCUGAGCCGCUUAACCUGUCAUUGACGUGGGCGACUGAAUUCCUUAUAAAGCUGUCGUGGAAUGCACCAAAGGAUUUAGACGCAUCAUGCAAGGUGAAAUACAUUAUCAAUAGUACAAGAACCGGACAGAAAUCCAACAUAAGUUCAACUCCCUGCUUAUAUAAAGAGUAUAAUGUCGAUAUGAAUGAUGCAGUGAAUUACACAGUGAUAACAUCCCCCGUUGAGUGUAAUGACAGAACCCAGAGCAAACCUGUCAGCGUCUCUAAACCUAAAUCCACAGAGUUGGUGAAGAACUUUGGAUGUUUUCUCUACUCCUCUAAGGCCAUGAACUGCAGCUGGCUUCCAGUCAAUGAUGCCUCAAAAGACCUCCAGUUCUACUACAGGUCCCCUGGUGACUCCCACAUAGCAGCAUGCAGUGAGUACCAGUACAGAGCUGCUCAGAGGACAGGAUGUCACCUGAGAGGAGCCUUCCUUCAAUAUGACGUCUACUUCCUAGUCAAUGGGACUCUCAAUGGCUUGUCUGUACGGAAUAACUUCCUGGUGCCUCCUAGAUAUCAUGUCAAGCCCCCGGCCCCUAAGGUGAAGAUCACAGAGGAAGGGAAGAAUCUCAUCCUGAGCUGGGACCCUCCGGACAUAGGCGCUAGCCACUGCUGGAAUUACAUCUUAAACUACAACAAGUGUCAAGAGUCUCUGAGUAAGGAAAUACAAUCGAAAUAUGUACCAGUGAAGGUUCCAUAUGACCGGAGAUGCCAGUACAGAGUGCAGGUGAAAGCAGUCUAUCAGAAAGGGUGUGGGGACGGAGGCAGCGACUGGAGCGAAGAGGAAAUCUACGGUGUGGAUGAAUGGUCGAUGACUGUGGUUGGUACUGUCAUUCCAGCUGCAGUCUUCUUAUUCCUCAUCCUUUUGAUUUGUUGUUUUAUGAGGCACAGAGAGAAGCUUUUCCCUAAGAUUCCACAACCCUCACUGAUUUUCAAGGACAUGCUGAACAGCAAUAAGGAACAGAAGAGCUCCAUAGGCAAUCUCUAUGUCCCGGUUAAGGAGGAGGUGGAAUGUAAGAUCAGCCUAGAGAAAGACCCUACACUUCCCAUGAUGCAGCCUGACCACUGAGAGACUACACACUGACCCAGUAGUGAUUAAUACUGUGCAGACAGAUAAAGCUACAACCUGACCCAGUAUGACCUGGGAGCCAAGUGACUUCAGUGUCAUUGACUGGCCCUCAAAAAGCAAGCCAUCUUAAGGUGGACCCUAACUGCACUGCUGAAAAGUGUCAGGAGUUUGAGCUCCACAGUCGAUGGACGACCUUAACGAGUUGGAUACAGGCUGAGAGUGUGUGGAGUAUUGGACUAUGGAGACGCCUUUUCCUUUGUUUGUCCUGGAACUGUCAGGACUUAUUGACACACUGCCUCCUGUAUUGUUCUGGGUUACAUGUGUGUGUGUGUGUUUGUUUGUUUGGGCAGAUACUAAGAACUGUUCUCAUGAACCUCUUGCAUCCCAAGGCGUGGGGUCUUACAUCAAAUGUCAGAGGUUAUCAGAAAGCCAGUGCUGAAAACGAGGAGGUGCUGGACUCCUAACCCUCACUCCCGACCAAAUAGGACAUUGGUGGGCAGUGCCCAAAGAGAUGCCCAGGCUGUCUUUAUCUGACCGAUCAACCCUGUUGAUCAUGUAAUGAUUUAGGGGACAAAGAGGGACUUGUGACCCUCUGUGAAUUGAGUGUACUACCUGUGCCAUAAAAGGCCAGACCUCUUGGCAGGGGCUUUAGGACAUUGACAUACUGGUAGGGGAGCUAGACAAUGAUUGUGUCCCAAAUCGCUCCCUAUUCACUACACGUAUAGUGUGUUCCUUUUGUCCAGGGCCCAUAGGGCUCUGGUCAAAAGUAGUGCACUAUAUAGGGAACAAGGUGCCAUUUGGGAUGCAAAAUGCCUAUCAAGGGCUAUAUGCUGCUAAUGUGAGGUAGCUUGUUGUGACCCUAUUGUCAUCGACCUGACCUCUGGCAUUACAAUUUAAAGGGAUAGCUUCCCUGUACGUAAUAGCUAUGUGUAAAAUAGAUUGUGCAGGUGUAUCUAUUGUAUAUUAUGUAUAUGUACAAAUGUUGGUGAAAUAUAUAUUUUGAGUUUUGCGUG